AUGGCGGUGUUGGUGCUGGCGGCGCGGCUGCUGGCCGACAACCCCAUAUGCGGGGUGAGGCAGGCGGCGGCGGCGGCGGGGGGCAGCGACGUGCCGGAGCUCACGGCCCGUCAGCCGGCCGGGUGGCCUUGGCAGGUGAGCCUGGAGCUGGCCACCGAGAACAAGCACUUCUGCGGCGGGGCGAUCAUCAGCGAGUACUGGGUGAUCACGGCGGCUCACUGCUUCAUCCCGCCGGUCCCCCAGAACCUGCAGGAGAUCGUGGUGGUGAGCGGCCUGAGCAGGCAGAUGAGGCCCGAGCAGUGGGUGCGCUACUCCAACCCGCACGACAUCAUCAUGCACGAACAGUUCAACGAGCAGACGGGCGAGAACGACAUCGCCCUGGUCAGGAUGGUGGAGCGCAUUAGCUUCGGCCAGCACGUCGUGCCCGUGUGCUUCCCCAACAGCAACAUCUUCUUCGGCAACACCUGGUCCCCAUGCUACAUCACCGGGUGGAUGAAGUCCGGCGAGGAGACCACCGACCUCCUCCAGGAAGCGCCCGUCUCCUUCAUCUCAUUCAAAGACUGCAACGAGACCAUCUUCAGCGGCAAGCUGCAGCCCACCAUGAUGUGCAUGGACUCCGAGAAGAGCCAAGACCUCGCCUGCCACAUGGACUCCGGCGGCCCGGUGGUUUGCAAGGUGAAGGGAAGGCGCCAGUUUUACCUGAUCGGGGUGGUGAGCUGGGUGAGCGACUGCGCCCAGCGCUGGCCCGGCGUCUUCACCAUGACCAAGUCUUACCUCACCUGGAUCCAGAAUGUCACCUCCCGCUAUGGGAAGAUGUUUGACUUAAAGGAGUACGGCGCCGAGAGCUCACCGCGGCAGCAGAGAUCAUCGGUGGCCACCAACACCAAACAAGCCAAAGCCAACACCAACCAAACCUGCGGCCAGGCGACCAUGGCGGCAAAAGCCGCGAAACCCACGGACAGCUUCACACUGACAGAUUCUGGGAACGUCUGCUGUUCCCCACUCAGUUGGUUAGCAAUGGCCCAUCUCCGCUCACUCGUGGUCCUUGUGCUCGCAACAUGA